AGAAACCUAGUUUAAUUUUCAUCGGGCAGACAAACUCGGGUAAGAGUUCCUUAAUUAAUAUGAUGCUGGGCGGUACCUACGUAGCUGCAAAACAAACACCAUCGACAGCGCGACUUGUGAAGUUGACAUACGGCAAGACACAGAGGGUACGCAUUGUUAACCGGGAUGGAAGCGUACUGGAGGAAAAAACCCUGAGGAAGAAAACUGUUCCACGCAAGUGGAUAGAGCUGGACGAGAAAGCACGACGUGACCCGAAGAUGCUUGGGAGCUACAUAGUAGCUGAGGUGGAUAACGAGUUUCUAUCCAGUGGUAUCGAGGUCGUAGAUUCGCCUGGUUUGAAAGAAAAUGAAGAAUUGGACAAGAUGGUGUUGAAUGAAUUGAAAACAAUCGUUCCAUUUGUAGUGUACGUGCUCGACGGGAAAAAUCAGCUUACUAACCAGGACCGAGAAGACAUAAAGAAAGUGCAAGCCAUAACCAAAAAUAUAUUCUACGUUGUCACUAAAGUAGACAAAGACGAUGAGAGUGACGACGAUGACGAUGACGAAGCCGCAGUUGUCCUGGAAAAGAAAACUAGGGCUUACAAUAGUCUUGUAAAAGAAGGGUAUCUCCCGACUGGUGUAAAAAUGGAAGACUGUGAGCGUUUCCAUGGUAUUUCAAACUGGAGAGUAAAAGAAUAUCGGAAGCAAGGUCGCCGUGAUAGUGAUCCGUUCGUCAAGGAUUAUUACAGAUUCCAGCAGUGUCUGUGUAGCUUUGUUAGGUCGUCGUUGGAUUCGAUUGUGUUGGCCGGAAGUAAAUUGCUACUAUCAUCCCUUACGGCCUGCCUUGACUUCUUCAUCCGUAGGGCGACUGCAUCAAAAGAACAACAACGGCAAAUCAAGCAGAAAAUAGAAGAAUGUCGCCAACAGGAGGGGAAAAUAUAUUCAAAUAUGGCGUCCAAGAUAAAAAAUAAAACGAGCCAAAUAUCGAAAGACAUUUCGGCUGGUGUCAGGGCAUCUACAGACGGCAUUAUAAGAGAUUCAUCGAGUUACCACUUUACGGACAUCGCUGUACCACGAGAUGAAGUCGUGUCCAAUAGGGAGUUAUUAAAACAGUGCCAAACGCAAAUGGAAGAAUUCGUAAUGACGAAGCUGUGUACAGAGAUCUCAGAAAAACUGAGCAAGACAUUCAAAGAUGAAGACAGUAUACUUUCGGAUCUCAUUAAAGUGGUACAAGAACUUGAAAAAGAGCAGCCAGACAAAGACGUCUCCGAAAUAUUGAGACUUUGCACUAUGUCUUCGUAUGUGGAUGGGCUCCGCCCUGAGAACAGAGGUUUCAACAAGCAGUGUUGGGCCUUGAUGCAGAGAUGCUGGCAUGAAGAUGCAACGAAACGACCAGACUUUGACACAAUAGUGAAGGAUUUAGUCGGAAUACGAAAACGUCUGGCUUAG